AUGUCGCAACUAGCCAAGCGUAAUGCGGAUGCUGCCUUUGAAGACAUUGCAGCUGACAGCCCUCACUCACGAAAGCGCCAGAGAAAAAGAAAGAAUCGGAAAAGCGAGGACAAGGCCUCAAAACAGCCAGAGACUGAGUCCUCCCCUGCUGCAGUCUCGCCAGCGAAGCCCAUCAAGAAGCAAUCUGCGAUACCACAAGAAGAAAUCUCAAACCCAGUACACCAAUCAAAACCGACCAACGAAGUCACCAAACCAUCAAAGCCUCGCACGACAGGUUUGACGAAAGAGCCGACUGCUUCGGACAAUGGCUUAUCCGGUUUGGGAGCAUCUACGGCAGAUGACAAGAAGGCUCUCAUCAAGAAAAAGAAGAAAGGGCAGCAGAAGUCCUCACAGCUUGAAAAGAGAAAACCCAGACAGCCAGAUGGGGAUAACAAUGCCUGGUCUCUAUCUUCAAGUACAGGAGGCGUGUUUAUUGGCCAAGAUCCUCUCUUGACAGAAGACGACCAGUACCUGAUCCUUCCGACACACUCCGAGAUUCAAGUUUAUUCUACUCAAACUUCGCUCCUAGUCAGGAGUUUCCGAGUCGACAACAAGUCCGAUAUCACAAGCUGUGCUUUCUCCAAUGCUGAUCCAAAGAAAGUGUACGUUGCAAAUUCACGAGGCCUGCUUUCCCUAUGGGAUUGGACAACAGGGAAACGAUUGAGCCGUCAAGACACCGGGCGAGGACUGCAGCAAGUGUUGCCCUUGACAUCGCAGGACGACAAGGAGACAAUACUCGUUCUCCAAGAGGGGCAAAAGAACAAAACCGCCGUUGUUUUUGCUGUUGACUCAUCUACCCAUCAGUUGAAGGAGAUACAACCGGUGCUUCGCCGGGCUGAUCUUGUAUCUAACAUAAGGUCGUUGGCCGACGGCAGUGUGUUGGUUGCUUGCGCGGAUGACAAGCUGUUAGUGGGACAGUCUCAAAUCGGGUCGGAUGGGAAGCUUACUCUGGAUUAUACUUGGAGAGAAGUGUCAGUGUCUGCUCCCAUCUUGAGCUUCGAUGCUCAGAUCAACGUGGGCAAGUCGAAGAGCGGUAGAAAAGUGCCCUUUCUGGAUGUGGUACUCGGCCUGAACAGCGGAGUCAUCGUUCACUAUGAAGAUCUGCUCUUCAAGCUCAUUGGGAAGGAGAAAAAGAACUCGACAGACGAUAUAUUGGGCCGUAAACUCCACUGGCAUCGGACAGGGGUCAAUUCAGUGAAAUGGUCUCGUGAUCGCAACUACAUUAUUUCCGGGGGGAACGAAACUGUGCUCGUCAUCUGGCAGUUGGACACGAAUCAGAGGCAAUAUUUGCCUCAUCUGUCGACACCCAUUCUUGGUCUGACCGUUUCAGCUACCGGCUCAGCAUAUGCAUUACGGCUGGGAGACAAUUCCGUCAUGGUCCUGUCAACGGCGGAUCUGCUACCGUUCUCGAGCGUCAGUGGUCUGGCAUUGGGAGACGGCCAGUCAACUUCGUCUACAAUGGUACUACAUCCGAAUAAUGCAAAUCAACUGGUGGCUGCGGUCACUGCCAAUGCCGUCACACACGGGUCUCGCCCAGCAAAAAGCACAACCCUUCUUCAAGUUUACGAUCUUCAAUCGAACCUUCAACUCAGCCGCCAGGCUCUGUCGAGGAACAUGAUAACGGCCCAAAACGUGGCCCCUACUGGCGAGACAGUCAAGGAACCCAGUGUGACCCAUGUUGCUAUCAGUCAAGACGGAACAUGGUUGGCAACAGUUGACGAAUGGCACCCAAACGAGCAAGAUCUCCAGCCAGUGUACAUCGAUGCAGAUGUUGCCACGACACGAGGUCUUGCUGUCGAAACGACACUCAAGUUCUGGCACUGGAAUGCGGACGACAAGAUCUGGGAGCUGGUCACUCGAGUGGAUGAACCCCACAAGCCAGGUCUUCAUUCUGUCCUUGGUCUGAGCGUCAAUCCGACCAAACUCGAAGUUUCUACCAUCGGAUCAGAUGCUUCCAUCCGGAUCUGGACCCCUAAAGCGCGACAUCGGAAUGGUGUCGCCGUGAAGAACAAGUCCAAUGAGCAGUUGUAUACCUGGGCGAGCUCGAGGACAAUCAAGUGCGACUCGGAAGGGCAGGGCCUAGCUGAGCCCGCAACGUCUGCAGUACUUGUGUAUUCCGAGGACGGGUCGGUGCAAGCGGCCUCGUGGUCUGGGCCCGCCUCAGCACCUCGGUAUGUCCACCUGAUCGAUCCUGCGACAGGACAUAUCUGCGUUUCCCAACCCGAUCUUCUAUCGCCCGGGGACGGGAAACUCGCCUUUGCUGGCCGUUAUCUUCUAUGCCUCUCGCAGACCUUUAAUGUUCUCGACACUCUAACCACUCAACUUGUCGCCAGCAUCACUCUCGAUCCCAACUACGUCGCACCAAGUAGUCAAAGCCCAAGCCUGCUCGCGACAAAUAAACUGGACGGGACGGUUGCUAUCAGCAUUUCACGCUCCGACAAGCCUCGAUCCACCAAACUGCUUGUUUUGAGUCUUCGCACCGGGGAGCUGGAGCCCCUGUUCGAGACUUCGUUCACUGGCUGUCCAAAAGGAUUGCUCGCGCUGACAACGACGCCCGGGUAUUUGGUGGUUGACGACAAGAACCGCCACCGCUCAUUGAGACCCGCGGGUGCAUGGACGGCCAUUCACGCGGCUUCGGUGGACAUGCAGCAGUCUGACGAAGCCACCAGGAGCCUCGACAGUAUUUUCGGCCAAGGCCCUACAAAUACGACGACGGAAGUGGCUCGACCAGGUGCAGAGCCGAGAGGACUGCUGGAAAGUGCAGACCCGACCUCUGGUGCUGCAAGCUUAGACACCGUGCUAAACAUUGUAUCCUCGGCUCAGGCGCCAACCCCAGCAGAGCUGUUCCAGAGAGUCGUGGGAGUAUUGGCACGGGCAUGA